GCAACGUCUUCAUCGCCAUGGACGUCAUGUGCUGCACGGCCUCAAUCAUGACUCUGUGCGUGAUCAGCAUUGACAGGAGCAACUCUCUAGGCCAAUGAAAGGACCUUGGAUGGUUCCAGAAGUAGGGGGUCUACCUGUCUUAAAUGCUUUACUCUUGUGAUUGAUAAUUCUGAAUGCCGUUAUUGUGGAAGUCUGAUUUCAGUGUUUGGCAACGCUGUCGCUUUCUUGCCAGCUCACUGGAUCCUUACUCCUUGUCAAAAAGGUACCUUGGGAUCACCAGGCCUCUCACAUAUCCUGUGCGGCAGAAUGGGAAAUGCAUGGCAAAAAUGAUCCUCUCAGUCUGGCUUCUUUCAGCCUCCAUCACUUUACCCCCACUCUUCGGAUGGGCUCAGAAUGUGAAUGACGACAAGGUGUGCUUGAUUAGCCAGGAUUUUGGUUACACAAUCUACUCCACUGCAGUGGCAUUUUAUAUCCCCAUGUCGGUCAUGCUGUUCAUGUACUACCAGAUUUACAAAGCUGCCAGGAAGAGCGCUGCCAAACACAAGUUCCCCGGCUUCCCACGCGUGCAGCCAGAGAGUGUCAUCUCCCUAAAUGGCAUGGUGAAGCUACAGAAGGAGGUGGAAGAGUGUGCGAACCUUUCCAGACUCCUCAAACACGAAAGGAAAAACAUCUCCAUCUUUAAGAGGGAGCAGAAAGCAGCUACCACCUUGGGCAUCAUUGUUGGGGCCUUCACUGUGUGCUGGCUGCCUUUUUUCCUCCUCUCGACAGCCAGGCCCUUCAUCUGUGGCACUGCCUGCAGUUGCAUCCCACUGUGGGUGGAGAGGACAUGCCUGUGGCUGGGCUAUGCAAACUCUCUCAUUAACCCUUUUAUAUAUGCCUUCUUCAACCGGGACCUGAGGACCACCUACCGCAGCCUGCUCCAGUGCCAGUACCGGAAUAUCAACCGGAAGCUCUCAGCUGCAGGCAUGCACGAGGCCCUGAAGCUUGCCGAGAGGCCAGAGAGACCUGAAUUUGUGCUACAAAACUCUGACUACUGUAGGAAAAAAGGUCACGAUUCAUGAUCCAAAGAAGAAUAAUGGAGAUGAAUUAAACAAGCAAAACAGGUGGAAACAGAAUGAAGUUAUUUGCCAAGACUGCAAAAUGGAAUGAGGCUUCUGCCCUUUCUUCGGAUGGCUCAAAACAUCACAAACAGGGUGAUCUGUUGUACAAAGUAUAUUAUGGGGGGAGAUGGUGACCUCUCUGUUUUCUGUGGAUCAAUACUAUUGUGUGCAAAUGAAAAUAUUUCUCAGUGUAAGACAGCCAGACCAUCUCAGCAGUAAGCACACUCAGAACUGAGUUCCACAAGGGAAGCAGUUUCUGGUGCUUUGCAUAUGUCCAUAUCCCUGCAAGUGGGAGAAGGUACCAAUGCACGUGUCCCAUGCUUCUGAGUCUAGGCAUUGUGGUGAAUAUUCAGGAAUCAUUCUUGAGCCAGAAUGUAUGUAUUUUGUUGUAUGACAGAAGGGUGUCUUUCCAAGAAAACUGCGGUAAGCAUAGUGUUGAAUAUGUUGCAUGUCCAUGUUAGAAAACCAAGUCCAGUCAUCAGCUAAUACAAACAAUUUCCCCAGAGCAGUGUUUGUUUAAAGCUUCUGUCAAAUAAUUUUGCUUUUCUGCAGGGUCCUUGUGGUUUCCCACUGUUCGUUAACUCCCUCAUUGUUACAGUAUAACUCAGGAACAGGUCUCAGGAUGGAGAGAAGCAGAAAACCUGAAUUAAGCUUUUUCUUGCACUUGCACUUCGGAAGGGUCCUGAGAAGUGAGAGGGAUUCCUUUUGUGACAAUUUUUACUGGGAUGAAGAGUGAAUGCUAGCUAACCGCAUUGUAUAUUAACAAGAUUAUUGGCAUGUUGUUUGCUCUCACUUUAGAGGAGGGUGCAAUGAGCCCACGGGGCUGGUCCAUAAGUGUAUGAUGUGAGAAAGUGUGGCAGUAAGAGUUUCUCUAAAUGGUUGUGAUGCUUCUGGAGAUGGAGCAUAAAUGUAAUCAUUUAGCUGAAUUAUGUGAAGUGGAGGUUACCUGGACUGCCACUUGGCAGUGAUCCAGAACACAAUCAUUCCAUCUGGAGACCAUUUCCGUGUUCUCUGUAUUUUAAAUCAAAUGUGUUCCUGGGUAAUUCUGUCCCCCUCCCUCCCCCAUAAAAGUAGUAGACAUUAAGGGUAGGUAAGGGAGCAGAAUUGGGCCUUUGGGGGAUAGUAUUUAAAAAAAUUUUUUUGUACUGAGUCUGAACUAAGGACACAAAGACAGUAGAUCAGGAAAGUACCCGUAAUUAUAAGGGGAAAAUGAAUGAAAAUCUUCAUUGAGUAAAAGAGAAUUUAAAGAGAAUAUUAUUUUAUUACAAUAAAGGAAGCUGACUUCUCACAGGAUAAAGUGGAAUUUAAACGUGGAUUUUGGACUUCUUCCAACUGUUGUUGACAUUGCUUCUCACCAGACACAGGGAGGGGUUGCCUGCAAGGGGAGCUUGGCACUGUCCUUUCAGACAAAGCUUGUACAAAUUCCCAAACUGCAGAUUCGCUAAAGUGACCGUAUAUACUUACAUUCACAAUUUAAAUGAUUAAUCAUGGUCAGAUACAUGUUGUUACAUUUGAAAAUGUUUUAUUACAUUACAUCAAAUAAAGGUUAUUUGUAGCUGUAAUAAAGCAACUUAAGGAAUCGUUUUUAAUAAAAGGUCUGAUGUCAUAUGUGUUGCUAUAUGAAAGAUGACUCAAGGGCAAACUUCACAUGUUGCUAAAAUUCUAACAGCUGACAAUUUUGUACUAAAUUACAUUUCAACAUGAAGAUUCAAGGGCUGGGGAUGUAGCUCAGUGGCA